GCAAAUUGUUAUACAAGCUGCAUUCAAAAGCUUAAACAAACAGCUACGCUUCACCUUCCUGCUGGCAUGAAUGAAAGCAUGUGAUAGUACCCAAGGGCAAAGUUAAAAGCAGCGUUACUUGCAGCAAUGGCGGCUCCCAUGUCCUGGAGGAGGUUGGUGCACUCCAUGUAUACACCGGCUAUCGCCGGGGUAUUUACCCGAAUUUCUGACCGCCUCUUCCGUGCACGGGACAGAAGAGGAGGCUCCUCAGUGCUGCUGCUGGCCCCCCUCCUUGCAGAAGCUGACCCGGCCCCUCGCCGUGUCGCCAGACCUACUGGGUCAGCCGGAGCUCAGGGCACAGACGGCCUCUACGCCCACUUCAGAUGGAUGGCAGAACACGUACCCGCCUUCAGGGUGCCCGGCACCCACAUCCAUGUCCUCACCUCGCCGGACCAGUUCUACCAGAGCAUGAAGGUCCGUAUCAAGACUGCAAAGAGACGAGUGGUGAUGGCCUCGUUGUAUCUGGGAACAGGCCAGCUGGAGCAGGAACUGGUGGACUGUAUGGAGGAAGCUCUUCAGCGCUCACAUGAGAACAGUAACGCUCCAGAUCUAAAAGUCUCUGUACUGCUCGAUUACACACGUGGAUCAAGAGGUCAGAUAAACUCACGGACGAUGCUGCUGCCGUUGCUGCAGCGCUUCACCUCUCAGAUGAGAGUUUCUUUGUAUCACACUCCAGACCUGAGGGGGCUGCUGCGGCUGCUCGUCCCUCAGCGCUUCAACGAGACCAUCGGAGUCCAGCACAUCAAAGUCUACCUGUUUGACGACAGCAUCAUCAUCAGCGGGGCAAACCUGAGCGACUCGUACUUCACAAACCGACAGGACCGCUACGUGCUGCUGGAGAACUGCAGAGAGGUCGCCGACUUCUUCUCCGACCUGGUGGAGGCCGUGGGUGACGUUUCCCUGCAGCUUCAGCCUGAUGACUCAGUGACCAUGCUGGAGGGGAUGGUGCACCCGUAUAAAGGCAACAGGCAGGAUUUCUCCGUGGUGGCAAGGAAGCGGAUUAUGGAGGUGAUGAACACGGCUCAGGUGAGGCAGCGGCUCCUGAACCGCUCAGAGGACUCUGAGGACGAGGGGGUGGGCGAGGAUGUGGAGGACACCUGGGUGUUUCCUCUGGUCCAGAUGAAACCGCUGGGGAUCCAGGUGGACGAGCAGGUCACACAGCGCCUGCUGACGGACGCGGGGCCGGAAUCCACUGUCUUUCUUACAUCGGGUUACUUUAACCUGACUCAGGCGUACAUGCGGCUGGUCCUCGGAGCCGGAGCCAGCUACCGCAUCCUCACCGCCUCCCCAGAGGUCAACGGCUUCUUUGGAGCCAAAGGUGUCGCUGGUGCGAUCCCCGCGGCGUACAUCCACAUCGCCAGACAGUUCUAUAACCAGGUGUGCCGGCUGGGCCAGCAGGAGAGGAUACACCUGCACGAAUACCACCGGUCACAGUGGACCUUCCAUGCUAAAGGUCUGUGGUAUUACCUCCAGGGGCAGGACCGGCCGUGCCUCACUCUAAUUGGCUCUCCUAACUUCGGUUACCGCUCGGUUCAUCGUGACCUGGAGGCCCAAAUCGCCAUAGUAACGGAGAACGAGGAGCUGCAGAGCCAGCUGCAGGAGGAGCAGGAGACGUUGUACCUGCGCUCUACAGAGGUGUCUGACUCCACGUUUGAGCAGCCGGACCGCCACGUCAAGCUGUGGGUCAAACUAGUCACUCCACUCAUCAAGAAUUUCUUCUGAGACGACACCAGGCGAGAGGCUUCAUCGGUCCUGAGGUUGAAGGUUCCUUGUGGAGGUCGUUCUGCUGCUGCAGACUGGACAGUCGGACACACUCCAGUGUGGGAAGCAUGCCAGGAGAUUAAAGAGCAUCACCUCAGUCAUCAGUGUGUCACAGGGAGUGAGUCUCACACAGACACUCACACAGGAGCAAGUUAUGGUGUGUCAAUGAGUGUAACUUCUCAGUUUUGUAUAAACUCUGCAUCCUUUGGUUUGCUGCGAAUCUGUUCCCCUGUUAAAUUAACAGUGAACACUUUCACGCUGUGGAUUUCUGUUUUCAAGUGUUACUAACAAAACAAACCUCUGCACAUCUCAGCAAAUACAUGUUGCAUGUUUACGAUAGCAAUAGACUUCAUCUGUGAAUGUCCCUGAAGUACACUAAGGGGAAUGAUGACGGAAACCUCGAGGAGCCUUAAAGACUCUUCAGGAGCUCCAACAGCCAGUUUACAGCAGGAAUUAAAGCUAACUGUACAGUGUCUAUGUGUUAUUAUCUUUGUAAAUUAAAGGACAAUAAGGUGACUUUUUAAAACUGGACAUAAAUGAGUCGUCUUCU